GUCGCCACCACCUCCGCUCCCUUUCGCCAACGGCCGGCAUCUGUCCCGUUCUUCUCGACAUCUUUCUAGGGUUAGGGUUAGGGUUAGGGUUUGGGUUUGGAACCUUGGGUUUAGGUUUCUCGUCUCUUCACCUCCACCUAUACUAUUACUACUCGAUACCACUCUUCUUAUUUAUCACGCUUUUUCUUUUUCUUUUUUUCUUCGUCACUAGUCUGAUCCCUGCCUCUCUUUGUUUUCUCUCUGGUCUUAGUCCAUGGCCAGGUAUUCAAUUCAGUUCCAUUCGUUUUCUUGGUUCUGAACCCUAUCAACUUGUUGCUGCUGUUGUUGGUUGGGGUCUCUGAUGAGAGAGGUUUCUCGGUGAUGGUGACUGAUGGGAAUUUGUGUUUCGGGAGUUAAGAAUUCAUGAUUUUUGCUAAUCAAUUCGUGAUUUUUGAAUUUUUUUUGGGAUGUCGGGAUGCAUGUUUGAAGAUUUUUGGGUAGAAUUUAAAGCCUCUUUGGUUGUGGGGACGGUGACAAUUGGUUCCGUUUUCUUUUUCGUGUGGAGGAGAAUGAAGAAAUUCACGUGUUUUCGAUGAAGAGAGUUUGAAAAUUUUUUGCAAUUCCGUUCGAAUUCAUUUUUCUCUGGUAUACCUUGAGUGAGCAAGUGUGGAUUUUUUCAGGUCUCAAGUCAAAUUUCAGGAUACCUUUUUUUUUUUAUUUAUUUAUUUAGUGGAUUUGAAAGCAUGCCCUCCGCCGUUGUGCUGGCUCCUACUAUCUCCAGCAGGAGCUCACUGGAGCUGAUGCUGGACUUGAUCCAGAAGAGGGACGAGCAGCCUAAGGAUGAGCCGCCAGCUUUGCCGGCCAGGCCCACCUCACGAGGCCGAUUGCCCUCUUCCAAGAGGUCUUUGCCUCUAAACUUCAGUAUUGGCAGUAUAGCUCCUGAACCUGUCUCUAAGAGCUCAAAGGAAAGAGCAGAUAAGGAGAUAGCGCCUGAAAACAGGGUUUCUGGAAACAACAACGUUGUGAAGUCGGACCACUUGGAAGAUGAAGAUCAUCCAUUCGUUAACAUGCCAGAAUUAGAGAGCUACGAGGGCGUUGUGAGGAUGUUUCUGUUGUGGAUUCUGCCCACAGUGAAUAAUCUUGGUUGCGACCAUAAUGUUGAUACCCUUCUGAAGAAGAUUGUCAAAUCUGAAGAUGCUAAACAUCAAGGUUUACAUCAUAUCAUUAGAGUUCAGAAAUAUAUCCGUGGUGUUCAAACUCGGCGUCACUAUGAAGAACUCAAGAGAGGAGUUACUAUGCUUCAGUCAUUUAUUCGUGGUGAAAGAGCUAGGCGUGAAUUUGAACUUGUUCUGAAGAGGUGGGGGUCAGUACUUGUCAUACAGAAAUUUCUCAAAGGGUGGAUUGCUAGAAGAACAUUCAGUAACCAUAAGCAACACAUCAUUCGUAUACAAUCUGCUGCGCGUGGCUGGCUGACAAGAAAGCAACUCAUUAUUCUUAAAAAUCUGAAAUUGUCAGAGCUGAAUCAGACUAAUUCAAACAGGAGUAUUCAAGAAAUCAAGGAUUCAAACAUGGGUCAUCUUUGGGUUCGCCGUUCAGUUGUGGACGAACUUGAAAUGCGUGUAUUGAAGGCAGAAGCAUUAUUAAGUCAAAAGGAAGAGGACCAUGUUACGUUCCAGCACCGAUUUGAACAGUAUGAGGCAAAAAUGAAGUCAAUGGAGGAGAUGUGGCAGAAGCAGUUGAUGUCAUUGCAGAGGAACCCUAGUAAGAAGCAUACUGGGGUGCAUCAAGCUAUUUCAACAGAAACCCAGAGGCAGAGUUUGGAUGCAGAAGUAGCAUUGAGGGAAAAAGAAGAAGAGAAUGCCAAAUUGCGAGAACAACUGCAACAAUAUGAGAUGAGAUGGAGUGAGUAUGAUAUAAAAAUGAAGUCUAUGGAAGAAAUGUGGCAGAAACAAAUGGCAUCCUUGCAGCUGAGUCUAGCUGCUGCAAGAAAGAGCCUGGUUGCUGAUGAUUUGGUGAGCCCCCCAGAGAGGCCUUCUUCACCGCUGCUUUGCCCCUUAUAUGACUCAGAGAGUACCCUCUCUGUGGAAGCGCGCUCACCCGACCCUGCACUUGCUAAACAGCCUCAGUUGAGUAUUGGCUUGGGGGGAAAUCCUCAUGACACGCAGAAUGAAGUUAGUCUGCUAGUGAAGGAAUUUGAACAGAAUAAACAGGUGUUCGAGGAAAGCACUAGAUUCCUUGUUGCAGCCAAAUCUCAGCAACCGAAUUCUUGCAUGAACCCUGAUGAGGAUCUUCGGAGACUCAAGAUUCAGUUUUCUUCGUGGGAGAAGGAUUAUAAGAUUCGAUUGCGUGAGGCCAAAUCAGCACUUAAAAAACUUGGAAACGCACGAUCAGAUAAACCGCGAAAGAAGUGGUGGUUCAGAGGUACAGCAUGAGAUUAUUUCUUCCAAAGAGUUCAUGAGGCUAUUCGAGUUCCUUCCUGUGUAGUGAUGUGUCAAGAUAAGAUUUUUCAUGGAAGCAGUCAUAUAUCCUCUGCUGGAGACUGGUUGGGUUUUCUUAUGCCUAAGUUUAACUGCGUUUUUUUUUGUUGUUGUCCUGAGCUUUUGUAAUUAUUUGUUAAUAGAGAAAAGAUAAAGGUCUAUUAGUAGGUGGAUUGAGAGAUUCAUGUUGUUGUUGCUGUUGUGGAAAGCAAUAUCAAGAUGUCAACUUCAGACAUUCAAUUUUAGUUAAUGGAAAUUAUAUCAUUUCAACA